GCGGGCGGCGGAGAACGCGAGUGCGGAGUCGGGGGAGUGCGCGGAGCGCGAUGUGGUAACCGCCUGCGCGUGGAAGAGACAUCAUGCGGCUGACGUUGGCCGCGAUCUUGCUAUGCCUGUGUGGCGGAGCGCAGACGCUGCACAAGGCGGCGCCGGCCAAAUUUACGAUGGAGGAGCUCCUGGAGAUGACGGUCCCGCGCCGCAUCUCGCAGAACAUCGAUGCCGACCCCUGCAAAGGAACGAAGGUGGACGGCGACAUAGUGCUGCCAAACGAGCAGAACCAGAUGGAGCUGGAGCAGCAGAGACUGGAUGACGAGCUCAAGGUGGAGGAAGACGCCAGUGCCGCGCAUGACGUCACUGAAGCGUCGCGGACGGACAUAAGUGACGUCACAGUGUCCUCCGAGCUCGCGGGAGGUGAUCUCACUUUGGCCCCAAACGCGGGGCGGGGAGAGUGUGUGAAGUGCGGUCGUGGAUGCCUGUACCGACAGCGCAAGCGCAGGAAGUGUGUGCACAGGCAACGGAACCGGAAGAGGAGGCGAAACAGGGGAAGGAAGAGGAGGAAGCGCAAGAGGAAGAACGGUGGUAGGCGGCGAGUGCUGCGGAUGAAGUUCAAGAAGAAGUGGCAGUACAGGCAUACGGAGGGAGCGGCCGGACGCCGGGCGGGAGCGCGUGGUGCGCCUGCCGCACGACCCGGACCACAGCCGGCAGCGGCGCGCCGCCACCGCUCGCCUGGACCGCAUCUGGGCCCACGGCGUCAUCCCCUACCACAUCGACGACGAGUUCAGCGCUGAACACAAGGCGCUCUUCAAGCAGGCGAUGCGACACUGGGAAAACUCGACCUGCAUCAAGUUCGUGGAGCGCGAGCCGGCGCUGCAUCCCGACUGGAUUGUGUUCGCCGUGCGUGAGUGCGGGUGCUGUUCGUUCGUCGGUCGGAGAGGAAACGGAGAGCAAGCCAUUUCCAUCGGCAAGAACUGCGACAAGUUCGGCAUCGUGGUGCACGAGCUGGGUCACGUGGUCGGCUUUUGGCACGAGCACACGCGUCCCGACCGCGACAAGCACGUGGAGAUCUUCACUGAGAACAUUAUGGAGGGACACUUCUGUGAGUGGCGGAUCACCGCCACGCAUGGCGAGCGAAUUGUCCUCAACGUCUCCAGUCUGGAUAUCCACAGCAGCGACGGCUGUGUCACCGACUACCUAGAGGUCCGCGAUGGAUACUGGCAUCACAGCGCUCUGUUAGGGCGGUACUGUGGUUCUGGCAUGCUGCCAGAUCUUGUCGUGUCGACGGGGCGCCGCCUGCUGGUGACUUACAGAAUCACUGAGUUGUCUGCCGAACGCGAGGGAUUUACAGCCAACUACACGGCGGUGUGCGGCGGGGAAAUGAAGAUGAGUGACGGGGUGCUUGAGUCUCCCAACUACCCCGAGUACUACCGACCCAGCAAGGACUGCAUCUGGAAGAUUACCGUCGAAGAGGGCCACAAGAUCGCUUUCGAAUUCACCGCAUUUGAGGUGGAAAACCACGACAACUGCUUCUAUGACUACGUGGAAGUCAGGAACGGGCCCACUGAUGACUCGCCCCUGAUCGGGAAGUACUGCGGGUACCAGCUGCCGGAGCCGCUAACGAGCUCGAGUAACAACCUCUGGGUCAGGUUCGUGUCGGACGGCAGCGUCGAGAAGCCCGGCUUCUCGGCCACGUUCAUGACGGAGCUGGACGAGUGCUCCGGCGAUGCUCACGGCUGUGAGCACAGCUGUAUCAACACGCGCGGCAGCUUCAAGUGCGCGUGUCGUAUUGGCUAUGAGCUGCACUCCGACGGCAAACGCUGCGAAGAGGCGUGCGGCGGCACGAUCGAGGCGGAGAACGGCACGGUGACCUCACCGUCCUUCCCGGAGCUGUACCCGCGCAACAAGCGCUGCAUCUGGGAGGUGCUGGCGCCGCCCCGACACCGUAUCACCCUCAACCUCACCCACUUCGACCUCGAGGGCAGCAACCAAGACUGUGACUACGACCGGCUGGAGCUGCUGAGCGUGAUGCCGGGCGAUGAGCUGCGCUCGCAUGGCACCUUCUGCGGCGGCAGCCCGCCGCCUGCCGUCACCUCCGAGAGCAACAAGCUACGCAUCACCUUCUUCUCCGACAACUCGGUGGAGAAGACGGGCUUCGCCGGCUUCUUCUUCACAGACAAGGACGAGUGUUCGACCGACAACGGAGGCUGUCACCAUCGCUGCGUCAACACCGUGGGCAGCUACAUCUGCCUCUGCGACAACGGCUUCACCCUACACGAGAACGGCCACGACUGCAAGGAGGGAGGGUGCAAACAUGAAAUCGAAGCGCCGUUUGGAGAGGUGUCCAGCCCCAACUAUCCGGCGGCGUACCCCGGCAAGAAGGAUUGCGUCUGGCAUUUCAGCACCACGCCCGGGCACCGGAUCAAACUGGUGUUCAACGAGUUUGACCUGGAGCACCACCAAGAGUGCACGUACGACCACAUAUCAGUGUACGACGGCGACUCCGCCGAUCACGUGCUGCUGGGCAAUUUCUGCGGUGCCAAGGCGCCCCACCCCAUCACGGCGUCAAGGAACGAGAUGUACAUGACCUUCACCUCCGACGGCAGCGUACAGCGCAAGGGGUUCAUCGGCGCGCACAGCACAGUGUGCGGAGGCUACCUGUACGCCGAGUGGGAAGUGCAGCAUCUCUACUCCCACGCUAAGUACGGCGACGAGAACUACGACAACCGAGCUGAGUGCGACUGGACCAUCGAGGCGCCGGUGGGCUACAACGUCCGGCUGAGGUUUUUAACGUUCGAGUUGGAGGACGAGCAGGACUGCGGCUACGAUGGCGUUGAGGUGCUGGACGGCUUCGACGAGACCGCGCACGUGCCCCACAAGUACUGCGGCAACCAGGUGCCGCCACCUAUCGUCUCCACACGGGAGGUGCUGCGCGUCCUGUUCAAGUCGGACGACACCAUCAACUCCAAGGGCUUUUCGGCAGCCUAUGAAAUUGUUGACAGCAACGCCAUCGAAGACAUUGAAGCGAGCAAGAAGCAUUGAACUCAGCGGCCAUCUGUCGUCUGGAACGCUGCGUUCAGAGCCAAGAUGGCGGUCCUGGUGAUCACUGCAUUGUGAUGGGUUCCAGUGUUACCGGGUUCACUCGACGACGCUAAGUUUAUGAGUGCUACGUAGUGCGCUCCACGCUCUUGGGAGUGCCGGUGCUGAGAACUCUGUACACUGAUGAGUGUCUGUGCUGUUGGGUGCACUGUGGGCUGGAGCGACGCUAAUGCCGUCGAGCGCUUUCCCCAGCCAGAUGCGGACGGCGAGCCCACCCCGCCUCUAACAGGUGUCACCACUGCCUCAAUGUGCAAUGGGGACUGCCGUCUUGUGGAUUCCUUACCGAUGUUUUACUCGCAGUGGACUGAUUUCAAGCUUAUUGGACGAGGUGAAGAUAAUAAGCCGUUAGAUGGUUGUUCCAUGUAUUUAAGUUCCAUUUGUUUACCUGUAAAUGACCCACUCGCCGGUGUACUAUGACAAACGAUGCUGCUCACUAUCAGACAGUGUUAGUAUUUUCAUAUGUUUUGCAUGGCUUGUACCCUGGUCUUGCCUCUCAUUCCACGUUGAGGGUCUCUGGUGCUAUCCGCGUCCAACCAACCACAAAGCCCAGUAAAAGCAACGAUUUGGCAUCCCCUGCGUACCAGAUGGUUUUAAGAAUGGUGUCAAGGCGGAAAAUGCUUCAGAAGUUGUCGGCUCUUUCCUGCUCCCAUCAUUGUUUGACUAUUCACGCGUAGCAAACACGAUAGCAAGAGACUUCCCUGCCAUCUAACAUAUGCGUUUGAUGGUCUUAUUCCACUAUCUGUCGACCAUAGCAAUGCAAAGUGCUGAGAGUUUUGUCACCAGGAGUGUCUCUGAUAAGCGUGUUUCGAGGAUUAUUUCACCCCUUCACCUGACAGUUUUACAGCAGUUUCAGAACCCUACAGGACUGACGCAUUAAAUACGAUUGGUUUGACCAGUAAUGCGUGCAAGGUUGAUGCUUGGAGUCCGACGUCAUUAACAAGUAGCAGUGCCAAACCACUUCUAAGCCGUGUGUGUAGGGUAGGUGACCCUUGGCUAUGGCGCAGUGACGCUCCCCGUGUAUUUGUUCACUUGUCUCACGUGCCAGAUGUGAAUGACCCUGGCUAGCCAGAGCUGUGCCAAACGCCGAGUGUCUGUGGCGGCGCGACUCUCGAAAUAGUGUGUUCACACGAGCUAGGACUAGCGAUAAAUGUAUUAUGCUAUUGUAUUUAGUAUUAAUAUUUCCCCGAUUGUGUGCUGUGGCUGCGGCUCCAGUCAAGAGACCACCACCCGCGACCGUCGUAUUCCAGUUUCUCAGUUCAAAAGAACGGACAGGUGACGCGCUGGCGGCAGAAGUUUAGUGAGUCGCCGCCCUGCUCGCCGUUAGUGAGUUAAUGAACGCGUGCUCUCCUUAAAACUCGCCCGCGGCUGUCUCCUCGACGUGGCUUUUUGCGUUAUCACAGUGAGUUUAUGAACGCGCUCUCCCGUUCAAGCUCGCCUGCGGUUGUCACUCAGACGUGAUCUUCCUGACGUUAUCACAGCGAGUUUAUGAACGCGUGCUCACCUUCAAACUCGCUUGCGGUUGUUCCUUAGACGUGGUCUUUCUGGCGUUAUCACACCAGGCAGCGGAGUGCUGGCCGUCGCCCGUUCGCUGUAUGUGUGUCUGCGUGUCAACAGGGCAGUCGAGCCAACUGAUGGGUGUGACGUCAGAGCCCUCUGUGGUGCGCCAGAACCAUGCCCGGUGCGUCGGAUAUGCCACCGGCGCCGGCCACUCCCACCACACAGUGUGCGUCGUAUUUGUACUUAAUUGCUGGAUUUUUCGAGCGGCUGAUAGACGCCCUGCAGCGCGGCGGUGACACCAGUCAAGUGUGGCAGAGGUUUUAGAUCACUAAUACAAUUUACACUG